AUGUGUGGGUGGUACAGCCGGGAGCAAAUAGGUAUUGAGAUCGCGUACACAUCAUUGAAGUUUCAGAACUCUCCUGGGCUACGUUUGCAGGCUCAUCUGGAUCUUGUGAUCCAAUGGGCAAAUCCCUUCCUUUCCCUCUUGCAGCUAUGUGGUAGCAUUUCGCAACUUUGGUUGUUAACGAGUGGGCCGUCAUCAUGUCCCACGGAUCCUGCUGCUCUGCAGGUUGUACAGGGGGUGGAAGAUGAGGAGGUAGAUGAUGGUUUAGAUGAGCUAGUCGAAGAUUUCCACGACAUUGGCAUUGUGGAUACGACAGCUGUAGACCACUACCUGGCUGAGGUGUUGGAUGAAGAUGCAGGGGAGGGCAAUGAUGAUGAGGAAGGUCAUGAGAAUGAGGCGGAAAACAGCGGUGAGAGGAAGACCACGAACAACGAGAGUGCGGCUCAUGACAAGCGAGAGGAGAGCGACGAUAUAACAUUCAAAUGGGUAGUACCAUGUUCAGUCGAGCCUUCAAGAUGA